AUGUGGGGGGCGCUGGUGUACGACCUGAAGCGCCGUGCCGUGAUGGAGAGGCGCUGGGCGGAGCGGCAACGGAGGGAGAAGAUGGAGUCGGCGCUGGCGGAGCGGCUGCAGCGCAUUCAGGCCAACAGCCUCGCAGAACGGCGGGGGAGGCGCAAGGUGACACAGCGAGGACGGAAAAGGCAGCGUGAUGGCGAGGAUAGUACGGCAGCGCAGCAGGCACGUUCCUUCGACGGGGCUCCGCCGUAUAGUGACGAAAAUGAAAUGUCCGUCUCGCUACCCGCGUCAUUGUGGGAGAAUGAAGGUUCUGUCGGUGCCCGCCAUGAUCGGCGUGUGCCGGGUGGUGAGCAGAGCAACAACACCAACAGCCUCAGCAAUUUGUGCGAGAGUGUGCUGCAGUUGACGGAGUUCAACGCAGAAGAGUGGCUAAACGCUUGA